UCCGCUGAUGAGUCAUAUCACGUACACAGCCGAGAAACCAGCCGAGCUUUUUGCCGUCAUUUCAGCUCCCCAUCUUCACGGCUGGGACGCAUCGUAUAUGCGAUAUCGAUAUAGGACUCUUUUCGUUUUAUCGUUGCUGCUUUUCGCUUACCGACUCUUCCGUAACAAGUCCAAAGACAUGGCCCAAGAUGGUGUGACUGACCAGGUUUAUGAAUGGCCCACCGGUAAAAAACUGAUAGUCUACCAUACCAACUGGGCAACCUACGGCCGAAACUUUCAAAUAAAGGACCUUCCAAUCCAAUACAUCUCUGAUAUCAACUACGCCUUCUUUGACCUUCGUCCAUCACCAAAUCCGCCGCAUCACCUCGUUCCCACCUCUACGGAUGCAUGGGCGGACACGGACAAGCGGUACACGAACCCCGAUGAAGGCGUCCCACCGCCAGACUCAUGGAACGAGACACCCGAGAAUAAAGGCCCGUGGGGGAAUUUUGGGCAGUUGCUUAAGUUGAAGAAGCUUGGGUUAAAGUUUAAUGUUGGGCUGAGUGUUGGUGGGUGGACGUUGAGUAAGGGAUUCUCAGAUGCCGUAAAGGGCGAGAGGGAACGCGAAGCUUUCGUGGAAGGGAUUUUGGAAUGUUUUGAGCGGUGGCCAGGGGUGUUCAACCGGGUCGAUAUAGACUGGGAAUACAUUUCUCCACCGAAUCAAAACUACGGUGCCCCCGGCAACAUUGUCCGAGCAGAGGACCCACAAAACUUUGGCGCGUUUCUUCGUCUCUUGCGACACAGAUUGAAUGCAACUGGUCGCUCCCAUUUUGAGAUUUCGGCUUGUGUGACGGGUGAUCCGGCGAAAAUGGAUGUUUUACCAUUACGCGAGAUGGUGCAAUAUUUGGAUACAAUCAAUGUGAUGACAUAUGAUUUUGCGUCUUCUGCAUGGGGACCAUGUCCCGCUGGGCAUCAAACCAACCUCAUCUCAACACCAUAUGCCCCGCUCUCCGUGUCCCGUUCAGUUGAAGCAUAUCUAUCUCGCGGUGUGCCCCCUCACAAACUGGUCAUAGGCGCCGCGGCCUACUCACGAGGAUUUGCCAAUACGACUGGUUUGGGCGCGCCUUCAUCGGGUGUCGUGGAAGACCGAAGCUGGGAGGAUGGAGUGUGUGACUACAAGACGCUGCCUAGACCUGGUGCAGUGGAGUAUUGGGAUGAACAGGCUCAAGCAUCAUACUCAUACGACCCCCAUCGCCGCAUCCUAAACUCAUACGACACACCCCAAUCCAUUCGUGCUAAAUGUCGGUAUGUAUGGGAAAGAGGACUCAAGGGUGUGAUUGUCUGGGAGAGUAGCGGUGAUGUACCGGUCACGAAUGAGAGGAGUUUGAUGAGGGCUUUGUGGGAAGGUUUGGCGAGAGAUCCUAGAUGAAGUGAGAUGAAGGUACGACGUAGUAGUGUAUGUAUGUAGAAUUGCCCAGAUAGGAAGCUGAUACCUUACAAUGUACGAAUACUCGCAAAGGGCCUAUUAAUACAAAAGUGUGAAUAAAAGCUGUUUAGGCAGGAUGCUAAGAUGGAAUGUAUUCUAGUGAUGUUCAUCAAAAACGCACAAAUGC